UUUUGUAUGUGAGCUUAUGGUGAAUUGAUGCCAUCACAGCACUACUACUACGUUGUGGGUUUCUUCUACGAUUAAGCACCCUUUCUACUACUCUCUCUAGCUUUCUUUUUUUCUCAAUAAAGUUACCAAAUUUCAGGACUAUUCUGAGAUUAAGUUAGCUCGGUGUACACCGGCAGGCUCGAUUGCUUAAAGUCAAAAGGCAGCUGAAUUCAGAGAAUCCAACUUUUUCGUCAUCGGAAUUUAGUUGAUGUCUGGGAUACUCUGUGUGGAAGAAAAGCAAAUAUUCGAGUUCAUAGAUUUGUAGUACUUGGAAUUACAGUUCUCCAAUCUGAAGUAAGAAGUUGGUUUAGUGAGCUGGAUGGAGGCUACACGGCGUUGGUUUAGUAAGUUUAGUCCUAGAGAAAAACCUAAGCCUCACAAGAAAGAAACUACUAGUACUGGGAAGGAAGGGUUGAAUUCGCCUGCAAAUGACGCAGCACCAUCAAAUGCCACAAAGCAGAAGGUUGCUGUUGCUAAGCAGUAUAUAGAAAACCAUUACAAGGAGCAAAUGAAGAGCCUGCAGGAGCGCAGGGAGCGGCGGAACAUGCUGGAAAAGAAACUUGCCGAUGCUGAGGUCUCUGAGGAAGAGCAAAACAACAUACUGAAGUACCUUGAGAAAAAAGAGACUGAAAUCAUGCGCCGCCAAAGACAUAAAAUGGGUACUGAUGAUUUCGAGCCAUUGACAAUGAUAGGAAAGGGUGCAUUUGGUGAGGUUAGAGUAUGCAAGGAGAAAGCAACAGGCCAUGUGUAUGCCAUGAAAAAGCUUAAGAAAUCAGAAAUGCUUCGUCGAGGCCAGGUUGAGCAUGUCAAAGCAGAAAGGAAUCUACUCGCAGAAGUUGAUAGCAAUUGCAUUGUGAAGCUAUACUGUUCUUUCCAAGAUGAGGAAUACCUCUACCUAAUAAUGGAAUAUCUUCCUGGUGGAGACAUGAUGACAUUAUUGAUGCGAAAGGAUACCUUAACUGAAGAUGAAGCAAGGUUUUACGUGGGAGAAACAGUCCUUGCAAUUGAAUCCAUCCAUAAACACAACUAUAUUCAUAGAGAUAUAAAACCUGACAACUUGCUUCUUGAUAGAGAUGGGCACAUGAAAUUGUCUGACUUUGGAUUAUGUAAACCAUUAGACUGCAGCAAUCUUCAUGAAAAGGAUUUUACAGUAGGAAAUAAUCUUAGUGGUGCUCUACAAAGUGACGGGCGCCCCACAGCUCCCAAACGCACUCAACAGGAGCAACUGCAGAAUUGGCAGAAGAACAGGAGAAUGCUUGCUUAUUCAACUGUAGGUACACCUGAUUAUAUUGCACCAGAGGUUUUAUUGAGGAAAGGAUAUGGAAUGGAAUGUGAUUGGUGGUCACUUGGUGCGAUUAUGUAUGAAAUGUUGGUGGGAUAUCCGCCUUUCUAUUCUGAUGAACCGAUGUCUACUUGUAGAAAGAUAGUAAACUGGCGUACACAUUUAAAAUUUCCAGAGGAGGCAAAACUAUCACCUGAAGCAAAGGAUCUCAUUUGUAAACUUUUAUGUAAUGUUGAACAAAGACUUGGAACAAAAGGCGCUCAUGAAAUAAAGGCUCACCCAUGGUUCAAGGGUAUUGAAUGGGAUAAAUUAUAUCAAAUGAAGGCUGCAUUUAUUCCAGAAGUUAAUGAUGAGUUGGAUACUCAAAAUUUUGAGAAGUUUGAAGAGACUGAUAAUCAAGUUCCAACAGCAACAAAAUCAGGUCCAUGGAGGAAGAUGCUCCCUUCAAAGGAUGUCAACUUUAUGGGUUACACGUACAAAAACUAUGAGAUUGUGAAUGAAAGUGAAGUUCCUGGAAUCGCUGAAUUGAAGAAGAAGAGCACUAAACCUAAGAGGCCUAGCGUGAAGGCCCUUUUCAGUGAAGAUUCAGAUUCUGGUUCCACGCAAUCAGCGAAGGGGAGUUUCCUUAAUCUGUUGCCUCCCCCGCUAGAAGUCUCAAAAUCCGGUGAAUCGGAACCUCACUAACCUGUCAAUAGCAUCGUGUGGGUGACUAUGACCAACCAUAGUGAAUCGAACAUAUUACAUACAGGAUAAAAGUACUGAUGUUAAUCCUAAACCGAACAGCUCUUCAGUAGUAGUUUAUUUGAAGUGUAAUUACUCGUGACAGAAACCGCGAUUGAUAUUUUUUUUUCUUCUCUUGAGUCUGUAUUUGCAUUGGUCCUAUUGAUUCUUGGUGUAAAUUAUUUCUUCCAGUGCAUAUAACAGUGUUUUGUUAGUAGUUUGGUGUUUUUAACUUGUGUCAAGAUGUAACCUUGCUCUUGUAAUUACCUUCUUGAUCAGGGGUGAUUGUAGCAGUGCCACAUUUUAGAUUGAGAUAUUGUAUUCCAGAUGUAUUUGAUGCUUGUUUAACCCA